AGUCAAGGCGCUGCAAUGGCGGCUACGGUAUCAGCAAUGUAUGGCAUCCCUAAGUUGGAGCGACCUUACCUAUAUCCUGAGUUCCUUGUCGAUGGAUUACCGCCUCACCCUCCGUUGUACGCUCGUCGGGCUUCUCCCACCAUAUUCAACUAG